GGAAAAUCCACCAUCUACCACCUGCAGCCAUGGAAGGGGGUGUGCAGCUCCUCAACCGUGACGGCCACAGCAUCUCCCACAACUCCAAGCGGCACUAUCACGAUGCCUUCGUGUGCAUGAACCGCAUGCGUCAGCGUGGGCUGCUCUGCGACAUUGUGCUCCAUGUGGGCACCAAGGAGAUCAAGGCCCACAAGGUGGUGCUGGCGUCGUGCAGCCCGUACUUCCACGCCAUGUUCACAAAUGAGAUGAGUGAGAGCCGCCAGACCCACGUGACACUGCAUGACAUUGACCCACAGGCCCUGGAGCAGCUGGUGCAAUACGCUUACACGGCUGAGAUUGUGGUGGGCGAGGGGAACGUGCAGACACUUCUUCCUGCUGCCAGCCUGCUUCAGCUCAAUGGUGUGCGGGAUGCUUGCUGCAAGUUCCUACUCAGCCAGCUCGACCCAUCCAACUGCCUGGGGAUCCGGGGUUUUGCUGACACGCACUCCUGCAGUGACCUCCUCAAGUCUGCGCACAAGUACGUCCUCCAACACUUCGUGGAGGUGUCCAAGACAGAGGAGUUCAUGUUGCUGCCUCUUAAACAGGUGCUGGACCUCAUUUCUAGUGACAGCCUCAAUGUGCCAUCAGAGGAGGAGGUGUACCGGGCUGUGCUCAGCUGGGUCAAACACGAUGUGGACAGCAGAAGACAGCAUGUCCCCAGGCUUAUGAAGUGCGUGCGGCUGCCCCUGCUGAGCCGCGACUUCCUCAUGAGCAACGUGGACACAGAGCUGCUGGUGCGACAUCACUCGGAGUGCAAGGACCUGCUGAUCGAAGCCCUCAAGUACCACCUCAUGCCGGAGCAGAGAGGGGUCCUUAGCAACAGCAGGACGAGGCCGCGGCGCUGCGAGGGGGCCAGCACCGUGCUUUUUGCUGUGGGUGGGGGGAGCCUGUUCGCCAUCCAUGGGGACUGCGAGGCCUAUGACACGCGGACGGACCGGUGGCACAUGGUGGCCUCCAUGUCGACUCGCAGGGCCAGAGUGGGCGUUGCUGCUAUUGGGAACAAGCUGUACGCUGUGGGCGGCUACGAUGGGACCUCUGAUUUGGCCACAGUGGAGUCCUAUGAUCCUGUCACCAAUUCCUGGCAACCUGAGGUGUCCAUGGGCACCAGGAGGAGCUGCCUGGGUGUAGCAGCGCUUCACGGGCUUCUCUAUGCUGCUGGGGGGUACGAUGGGGCCUCGUGCCUGAACAGCGCAGAGCGGUACGACCCUCUGACAGGCACCUGGACAUCCAUCGCUGCCAUGAGCACCAGGAGACGCUACGUCCGGGUGGCAACGCUAGAAGGCAACCUCUAUGCCGUUGGGGGAUAUGACAGCUCAUCCCACUUAGCCACAGUAGAAAAGUAUGAGCCCCAGAUCAACACCUGGACGCCCAUUGCCAAUAUGCUAAGCCGCCGGAGCAGUGCGGGAGUGGCCGUGCUGGAAGGGAUGCUCUAUGUGGCUGGCGGCAAUGAUGGGACCAGCUGCCUUAACUCUGUUGAACGCUACAACCCCAAAACCAACACAUGGGAGAGCGUGGCGCCUAUGAAUAUCCGUAGGAGCACCCACGACCUGGUGGCCAUGGAUGGGUGGCUGUACGCAGUGGGUGGCAACGAUGGGAGCUCCAGCCUCAACUCCAUCGAAAACAAGUGGGUAGCAGCCUCGUGCAUGUUCACACGCCGGAGCAGCGUGGGGGUGGCUGUGCUGGAACUCCUCAACUUCCCACCCCCCUCCUCGCCCACCCUGUCGGUGUCUUCGACGAGCCUUUGA